AUGUGUGCUAUGGCUCCAGAGCAGGCAAAUGAAGGGCUCCUUGCCAACAUUACCACCCGCCUGAGUACAUAUCUCAGCUUGAGGCAUGCCUGGCGCGAGCCAGCUAAACUUUACAUCGCAAGCCUGUGGUCCAACAUGCGAUCCGGAUAUUUUGGCGUGCUAGUCUCGCCUAGCUCAGUUGGCGACAAGACAUUUGCUAAGUGGUGGCUCGCAACAAGUCACAAUUUUAUGAGCCAUGAAGAGGCCUUUGGGGUACCAGCGUUGGUUGGUAGUGCGCACGGUGUGGUGCUCGACCUUGGCGCUGGCUCGGCUCGUAUCGAAGACGCUAAAGAGGAGCUCGCUAAACUAGGCGUUCAACCAGGUACUGUGGAUUGCAUACUUAGCAUCCAAGUGCUAUGCUCCAUCCCGAAUCUGAAGUCUGUUAUAAAGGACCUACAUUACCUCUUAAAGCCGGGUGGUGAGUUGAUUUUCUGGGAACAUCAGCAGAAUGAGGUAGACUGGAUCACUCGGGCAGUCCAAGGUAGGCACUCUCACCCUACGCUUUCCUUAUUCCUGGUCGACCUCUCAUACACAAUAUCUUCCGAGUUGACCGGCUAA